AUGAACGAAACUCUCCAACCUCAACAGAACCAAACCGAACAACCUCUCACUCUCCACACACUAUCUUCCAUCCGCUCUCUUCUCAUCAACCCUUCAACCCCAAAACGCACCGUUUCCUCACUCCUCCAAACCCUAACUCAAUCCCCAAGACCCACUCACCACACUCUCAACCUCCUCUCCGACCUCGCAACUCACCACUCUUCCUUCUCCCAACCCGCCCUCGACUCACUCAUCCACUCCACCGAUUCGCCCACUCGCCUCGCCGUCGAUUCCCUCGCCUCCAUUUCUGAAUUGAGUUUCCCCGAACUUGAUGACGAACGCUUCGUGUCGCUGUGUUUCGGACCCUCGAUUCCCGGGAGAAUAUGGAUGCUGAGAAAUGCGGGUUGUACGUUUAGAGUCCGACCUGCAUUGUUGUUUACGGUGUUGUUGGGGUCCACGAAGGAUCCUUAUCCUUAUGUGAGAGCGGCUUCGUUGGAAGGGCUUGUUGGUUUAAGCGGGCAUGGAGAGUUUUGUGAUGUUAGCAUGGUGAAAGGAUGUUAUUUACGUGCUCUGGAGCUUUUCGAUGAUAUGGACGAUUGUGUUAGGCUCUCUGCAGUUCGUGUUGUAGCUUCAUGGGGUCUGCUGUUAUCAGCUUCUAAUGCAGACAUGAAGGCAUAUUGGUGCAAUGAAGUGUUUGCUAAGCUUUGUUCUAUGGCAAGAGAUAUGAGCGUGAAAGUUAGAGUUGAAGCCUUUAGUGGCCUUGCAAAGAUGGAAAUGGUAUCGAAGGAUUUUCUCUUGCAAAGCUUAUCAAAGAGAGUUUUAGGGAAUGGAAAACAAAGGGAAACUAUGGAUCAGAUCACUUCUGAACAAUUUGCGAUGUUGGCAACUAGUGUUGCCGGUGCACUAAUGCAUGGACUUGAGGAUGAGUUUUUUGAGGUGCGAAAGUCUGCAUGCCAGUCCUUACACAGACUGACAAUCCUCUCUGUUGAGUUUGCUCGUGAAGCCUUAGACUUGUUAAUGGAUAUGUUGAACGAUGAUUCCGUGGUGGUUCGGUUACAAGCUUUAGAAACCAUGCAUCAUAUGGCACUUAAUGGCUGGUUAAAGCUUCAGGAAAAGCACUUGCACAUGUUUCUUGGUGCUCUAGUGGACAAUUGUAGGGAAGUAAGAUGUGCUGUAAGGAAAAUACUUAAAGUAGUGAGGCUAGGUGAUCUUGCAAUGUUCAAAUCAUCUAUUGACAGACUACUGAAAAAUUUAGACAGUUAUCUGCAGGAUGAAGCUGAUGUAUUUUCUGCUUUCUCUCAUCUUGGUCGAAAUCACAAGAAAUUUGUAGGCUACAUCGUCAAGGAAACUUUUGAAGAGGUAGAAGCAGCUUUUGAAGGAAAUGAUGGAUUUAAGAGUGCAAGGAUAGCUGCACUUUUAAUCAUUUCUAUAUCUGCUCCGCUAUUUAAUGAAUAUUUAGGCAUUAUACCACCAGUAUUGUUUUCUUAUGCAGUUACAUUGCUGGGUAGAAUUUAUCUUGCUUUUAGUGAUAUCAUGGAUAAGGAUACCCUUUUGGCAUACCUAUGUGAGAAAAGCAGACCUUCAAGCGAUUCUGUCUCAGAUAUUAACCAUGAAGAUGUGGAGCAACAAUUGUCUUUAAUUGAAGGCGAUACUCCAAACUGUGAUAGCAAUGGGGUGAUUGAUUCCAAAAUUGGAUCACAAAUCAUGAAAGAACAAAAGGAGGUAACCUGCUAUCAGGUAGAACAACAUCAAUCAGAGUAUAGUGAAGUGACAGUAUACGUAAACUUCAUCCUUGCAAAGUUCCCUGAUAUGUGGCAGAUGAUAGAGACAGGUCUUACUAAUGAAGUGUUAAGGUCUUUGAGGUGUUUGAAGGAGGAAUUGACAUCUCUGAACAUUGACUCUUCGGAGUCUCGUGAUGCUUUGGCAUUUACAUUGCUGUAUCUCCGGAUAAUAAAACUACUCGUAGAAGUGUGGGAGCACUUGUUACCAGCAAAAGGUUCGUGCUCUCAUGGUCUGGCAGAAUUGGAAUUCAAAUUGGGAAAGCUUGAUAAGAGGAUUAAAGAAUUGAUGAGUAAGCUUGUAGGUUUUUCCGCGGAAGAAGAAUUGAAUAUCUUGGAGCUUAUAUUAGUGACCUAUGCCCUCAGGCUAUGGAAAGUUGAAACUAUUUGUGUCAAUCUUACAUUCAAGAGGUUGACUUCUAUAUAUUCAUGCGUUGAGUCUAUGCUUAAAGAAAGACCAGUUUUGCCAUCCAAUUUUGUAGUUGAACUUGGUAAGUUAUUACACAAAUGUCAAACCGCUUCUGUCAACGGAGCUUCCUGCAGUACACUUCAGUUUGAUAAAUGUCUCAAGCUCUUCUCUCUGAAGAAGUUUGUGUUUCGUGGAACAAUCAGACAAUUAAAGGCAGAACUAAGCAUUUCCAAUAACGACUCUCUACAUCCUUUUCCCUUUGUUUCAGGAUUACCGGUUAGUGUACCUUGUGAAAUCACACUCCAUAAUAUUAUAAGCAAGUGUAAGUUGUGGUUGAAGAUGAGUUUUGAUGAUGGUUUAGUGCAGUAUGUGUUUCUUGAUUUGGACCAUUUAGAAGGUUAUGGAGAUGUAAGAAGUUUUGCUUUUGUGGCCCCAUUUUAUAGAACACCUAAAGCUAAUUCUUUUAGAUUGAAGGUUUGUAUUAGCUUAGAAUGUUUGUUCGAAAGUGUUUGUCCUGUGCAAAGGUAUGGAGGACCAAAAUAUGAACUAGUACCUCUUUGUAAAGAAAAACAAGUUUAUUUUUCAAAUGUCAAUAAAGAUUAA